AUGUCGAUCGUAACCGAGAUUCUUACUGGAGAUAACUAUAAUACAUGGAUAAUCACUAUGAGAACUAGUCUAGAAGCAAAGAAUAAGAUUAGUUUCGUUGAUGGAUCUCUUCCUCGACCUCAUGAAUCUGAUCCUUUGCACAAAAUCUGGAUUCGUUGCAAUAGUAUGGUGAAGGCUUGGAUGCUGAAUGUAGUCUCUAAACAAAUCUAUGAUAGCAUUCUCUAUUUUCAAGAUGCUGCUGGAAUUUGGGAAGAUCUUCAUAGACGGUUUCAUAAGAGUAAUCUCCCUCAGAUCUAUAACCUUGAGCAAGAGAUAAGCUCUUUGCGUCAGGGAAAUAUGUCAUUAUCUGAAUAUUACACCAAGAAGGUUACUCUCUGGGAGCGUUUGGCUUGUACUAAGAAUCUGAUGGAAAAUGGUGGAUGUCGGUGCUCACAAGUUAUGAAGCUAUUAGAUGAUUAUGAGACCACACGCAUCACUCAGUUUCUUAUGGGACUCAAUGAUGAUUUCACUAAUAUCAGAGGACAAAUAUUGAAUAUGAAGCCACGGCCUAGUCUUUCUGAUAUGUACAACAUGUUGGAGUCUGAUGAGUCUCAACGGCAACGUAUCAGUACAAAGCCUAACCCGUCUGCUUUCCAAGUCAAAGCACAAGUGAAUGCAUAUCAACCAAAGGGAUUUCAGAAACCUCAAACCACUUGUGCACAUUGUGGUUUAAACGGACACACUAUUGAUGUCUGCUACAAAAUUCAUGGAUUUCCUCCGGGUUGGAAACCAAAGAAUCAGAGACAGAACUCUAAUCAAAGGUUUAAUGCACCAGCGGCAGCCAAUCUUGCUCUUACUGAAUCUGGAUCAGAAUAUGACAGGGAAAAAGCACUCAGUCCUGAACAGUUACAGUACUUGGUAUCUUAUCUCAACUCAAAGCUGCAGCCUCAACAAUCUGCAGGACAUGCUCAUACUAACUCCUCGACUGCAACUAUUACUGAGAUAACUUCUCCUGGUUCUUCGGGUCUGAAUCCUAUGGCUUGCCAAAUGACUGAAAAAAUGAAUUCUUGGGUUAUUGACACUGGUGCUACACAUCAUGUCACAAAUGAUAAGAACCUGUUUCAGCAUAUGACACCUAUUCAAGAUACAACAGUAAAACUUGCUAAUGGUGUUGGUGAUCUUACAAAGGGGUUGAUGAUUGGCAGAGGUAGAUUACACAACAGCUCUGUAACGGCGUCAAGCAGCUUGUGUUUCUUCGUGUAA